GUCACUCUCCCUCGGUCUCUUUCUUCUGCACGUCUCCUCUCCAUCCCCAUCCCCACGUCCACCCACCCACUCCACCAAUGGACUCUUUCCCGCCGCCCCCCCCGCCGCCGCCGUCUGGGCCGGUGCUCUUGCCCUUCUCCUCCGAUUCGCCGUUGCCCUCUCUCCCUUGGCCUGACCUCAUCGCCGGCGCGGCCGGUGCCACCCUCCGCCUCGUCUCCGCCCACUCACGCCACUUCCUCGCCCUCUCCUGCCUCCUCCUGCUGCCGCUCUCCCUCCUCCUCCUCUCCCUCCCCGCGCCCUUCCCCGGCGCCUCCCCUUCCGUCUCCCUCCGAUCCCCGCAAGAUUCUUGGAGCACCCCCCUCCUGCUUCUCGCUCUCGUGGCGGCGCUUCUUUACCUCGCCGCCUUCGCCGCCGUCGCCGCCAGCGCGCACGCCGGGUUCUUCGGCCGCCCCGUCAAGCUCCUCGCCUCGCUCCGCUCCGUGCCCGCCUCCGUUCUCCGCCUCCUCCUCACAGCUCUCCCGGCCUCACCUCUUCUGCUUAUCCCCCUGCUCCCACUGCCCGCUGAAAUCAGCACAGGUAUUGCUCUUCUCGGCGUCGCCCUCUUAGUCCCCUUCUGGUCCCUCGCCGGCGCCGCAGCCAUCGUGGAGUCCACUGCUGGGCCCUCCCCGCUCCGCCAGAGCUGCCGGCUGCUCUCCGGCGCACGCCUGGCGGCGCUCUCCGCGUUCUUGGUCUUUGCCGCAGGCAUUGGGGUAGUACUCUGGGGUUUCAGUGGGGUGGCCAUGGAGACAUAUGAUGCUGCCACCGGUUGGGCUGGCAUGGCGCCGGUUGUGGUCAAGGCCAUGGUUGGAACGGCAGUGUUGGCCGCAAUGGUGCUUUAUGGAAUCGUGAUCAACGUGGUAUUGUAUAUGCACUGCCGUGCAAUCCAUGGGGAGCUCACCGGAGAGAUCUACAAUGAAUUUGCAAGCUCAUAUGUCUACCUGCCGUUCGAUGAGGGCAAGGAUCGUCAUAUUGUAUCGGUGGUCACACUGUGGCCUUGAUUGUCUAUCGCGCUAUCUGGUUAAUGCAGGACAUUGAAGCAAAUCUUCUAUGAAAUUAACAAUCUAUCAAAUGUGACAUCUAGUUCCUCAUAUCAACACAAUGGGUCAAGCCAUUCACAAUUUAGAUUACCCCCUCAAACCUACAUGAUGUUAUUGUAAUAUGUUAUGAUGUUUAGGAAGAAAUAACUAUAUAUUCCACUUCCAUUCUAAAUUUUUAACCCAGACAAGGGAACUGCGGUGUGUUGCAUGGUUAGUAGGGUAUUUUCUUACAUACUAGGAGUAUGUGAUACAGUACUACCUUUCCAGUAACAAUAAUAAUAAUACCUUUCCAAAAAUAUGUGUAAUACACUGAUGCAGUGUUCAGUGGACGCAAUGUUACUGAAUCCGAGGAUACUCCACUGAAGUGAAAUGUAAUUUAGCUUGUAAAAAGCAU